ACACGGGGAGUGGCGAAACAAAUUCCAAAAGAACCUCCUAACCCAAAAUUGUUGGACGGAAGAGACACGUGACAAACCACGCUACGCAAGAUGCACCGAAACCCUCGCGCCGUCCUCCGCGCCGCCGCCGCAGCCUCCUCCCUCCUCCACCCGGCCGCCGCCACCGGCCCCGCCGCGGCGGUCCGCCAAACCCUACCCAACGCGACGCCCGCGCCCGCGCUUGCGGCGCGGCGACCCCACCCUGCGGCGUUCUCGUGCAGCCGCCGCGCCUUCUCCUCGGCGCCGGACUACGGCAAGGAGGUGGACGAGGUGAACCGCAAGUUCGCGGAGGCGCGGGAGGAGAUCGAGGCGGCCAUGGACAGCAAGGAGACAGUCUACUUCGACGAGGAGGCCUCCGUCGCGCGCGACGCCGCCAACGAGGCCCUCGCCUCCUUCGACGCGCUCCUCGCGCGCCUCCCGCCCGCCGACGCCGACGCGCUCCGCCGCUCCAUGGGGCUCAAGAUGGAGCAGCUCAAGGCUGAGCUCAAGCAGCUCGAGGAUUAGGCUGCCGAAAGGUUUGAUUUUUCGGAGGGAAUUUGAACGAAGCUAGAUAUACAUGUUCUUUUGACAUUGAAGUUCCUAGGUGCUUUGAUUGGUGAAUAAAUGUAGCCAACUAUCUGUUGCAAUGCCAAUAUGUUCUUCUUGAUUGAAGAUCCGGAGCUAAUUUGUCAUUUGUUCUUGGUUUACCAUCUGCCCGAAUUGGCCAUUUUUAGUCCUUUUAUUGUUACAAAUUAGAGAAGCUAAACUGGCACUGUGUUUUUGUGUCAGCAUGGAGCUGUAUUUGCAUGUGUACUUGCUUAAUGCCUUGUGAUC